UUCAAAUAUGCUUCUGUGGAAGAGAAGCAAAAAAUUUAUAUGGAUCCGCCGGAAGUGGAGGAAGAAGGGAGAGUGACCUACGGAGGACGUCCUACGAGUUGCGCGCGCAUCCCUUAGGAAUAUUGUCACACAGCAUACGCACGAUGCAGACUGACGAAGAGAUUCAGUAUGCACCGAGGAGCCGGCCGGUGAGCCUUUAUGAUAAUUACAAGGAUGUGCCGAUGAUGCCGCCUUGUGUCACUUCCACGAUGAGUGUGGGUAAUUUGAAUCAAAUUCAUGAUGACACGUCUGUCGUAUCUCAAAGCAACAAUAAUAACAGUAUUAAUGGCAGCAAUAAUAAUAACAACAACAGGGUCAAUAGCGCUGUUAGCGCAGGCAACGUAUCGAAGAUUCACGUUGCCAAAGUCACGGGUGCAGUUUCAACUGGAAAUAUCGGGCGCAUUUGCCGCGGAGACAAAGAGAAAGAACUUGGUCGGGCUCCAUCGAUGGCCAACUGUUUAUCAACCACAGUUCCUGUCAAUCUGGCAGCUUCUCAAAUAGCGGGUCGACACACGCCCACGAGAAAUUCUUUGAGGCACAGCAGAAUGAUCGUAAUGCAUCGGACCGGUCAUCGCCCAGAGAAGUUUUUACCUCCUUUGAUCUACCAUCGACGAUUAGCUCGAUGUCUGGCAGCAUUGCAGACUAUUCUCGGCGUCGCAGUGAUUUCUUUGUCAUUAUGGUUGUUGCUUUGGGCACCGCACCUGCCUAUUAUGGACAAUCCAUAUUGGAGUGGCAUGCCCCUCUUGAUGUCUGGGAGUUUUGGAAUUUGCCUGUUGUGCUGUUUUAAAAAGGAAUAUCCGACUUUGACUUCUGGAUUUUGUCUUUCCGCUACAAAGGUAGUUAGCAUAUUUUUGGCAGUUCUGGCAACUAUUGCAUGUGUGAGUGCGUGCAUAUUCUCUGCAAUACACUUGUCACGUCUUAUGGGAAUGGAAUGCACUCCGGCACGAGUAUUAAAUGCUACGUGCGUAUGCAGACCACGCGGCGAAUCGCUUGACUCACUCGAAGGUGUAAUCAGAUACAUCGAUCUUAAUUGUCCCGAAGUAGAAAGUAUUCUGACAAUCCUCCUCAUCUUCUCAUGCACUUGUAACGGAUUAGGCGUCUUGAUGGCGGGAUGGUAUAGCUAUCUCCACUGGAGCACGCGAUACAAAAGGCCAAAGUACACGCAGGUCAGGACCAAUACCGUUUCCAUGAACAAUAAAUCCAACAGUAGACCGAUCUACAAAUCGAAUCUAGAGGAACGAUGA